UGCGGCUACUGCGGCGACCAUUCAGGAACCCUGAAUAGCCCGUUACUCAUCGCUGGCUCUACUAGCCUUUGGAGGCAAGUCUAUGCGAUUUUGACCUUCGGUGUCCCCGUCUCGAGCACAACAUUUCCACUGCAGCGCCCUAUCGUUGACAUCUAGAAGCGUGAUGACCAUUUGUCUAUAACUUUACACCGUGACUCACUUCUCUAUUGACCUACCAGGCAGGAAACACACUUUGACAUAACUUCACACUUUCUACAAACCAGACCAGGGAGACCGAAGUUCAUUCUACACAAUUGCGCAUACCAAUCUACACACACUCUCUGUCAAAACACCAACAGAUACUCACCAUGUAUCUCCGCGCCAUUCAUGCCGAACCCUCAAUCCCAGCCCUCGAGGCUUUCAUCGCCGCAAACCCACUAGGCCUCCUCACAACCGCCCUCCCCUCGACAGACCCAUCCCACCACUUCAUCCAAACCUCACACAUCCCCUGGGUCCUCGACGACCCCUCACCAGACACCGACGACCUCCCCAUCCUCCGCGGCCACAUCGCACGUCAAAACCCCCACGCCAAAGUCUUCAUCGAACACGCCGCCGCAAACCCCGGAAAACCAUUCACAUUCCAACAAGAAGUAAUGGUACUAUUCAACUCCCCACACCACAGCUACGUCUCCCCAAAACUCUACGUCAAGACAAAACCAGAGUCGGGAAAAGUGGUGCCCACAUGGAACUACUCGGCCGCUCAAAUCUACGGCACAGCAACCGUCUACACGGACUCAAAAGCCGACAGCACGAUCGCUUUCCUGAACAAACAGAUCCGCGAUCUAUCAAACAAAGCAGAGACGGAAAUAUCAAAACAUGAGAAACCCUGGGAAGUAGACGAUGCGCCGGAAAAAUACAUCGAAUUGUUGAGGAAGAAUAUCAUUGGUAUUGAGAUCAAGGUCCAACAUUUGGGUGGUAAACACAAGAUGAGUCAAGAGAUGGGUAAGGAAGAUAGAGAAGGUGUGGCUCAAGGGUUUGAGGAUAUGAAGACAGAGACUGGUGAUUAUAUUGCAAAGACGGUUAGGGAGAAGGGUCAGCUUAAGUAGAGUAGCGUCGAUUUAAAUUUAGACAUGCAAAAGUACAUUCAUCUUCACGAUUGAGAUGAUUUAUGAAACCGU